GCAAAAUAAAAGCACAUCAUUUGGCAUACAUAUGUAUACAUGCCAAAGUACAUACAAACGCGCGUACUUCCCUGUUGGCUGCUUUCCUACGGCGUGCCGCCUAAUUUUCCCUGCUUGCUUUGCCCCCUCGAAGCAUGAUUCACUUCGUGCUGCUCAUCAGUCGGCAGGGGAAAACGAGGCUAGCGAAAUGGUACAUCCCAUUGUCGCAAAAGGAGAAGGCGAAGAUAAUUCGGGAGACGUCCCAGAUUACGCUGAACAGGACGCCCAAGCUCUGCAACUUUGUCGAGUGGAGGGAGUACAAGCUCGUGUUUAAAAGAUACGCCAGCCUCUUCUUCAUCGCCUGCAUCGACAAGGGAGAUAACGAGCUAAUUACGCUCGAAAUAAUCCACCACUACGUUGAAAUUUUGGACAAGUACUUUGGCAAUGUGUGCGAACUGGACUUAAUAUUUAACUUUCACAAGGCGUAUUACCUCCUGGACGAGAUCCUCGUGACGGGGGAGCUGCAGGAGAGCAGCAAGAAGAACAUCCUGCGAGUGGUCUCCGCGCAGGACUCCCUGAUGGAGGACACCAAGAGUAGCAAGAAGCUGGGCUCGCUCAUUUGA